GCUUGACAUGCUCGCGGCUUAUCCGAUAAGAUCAGAAAACGAUGAAAAUGACCGGCUAGAGCUCUCAUUAUGUGUAAGAAUCGCAUUAUGCGUUAUAGUUGAUAGAGUAUUGUAUUCCGUUUUUAACUAGUUGCCUCGCUGCCCCCUCAGAAGCAGUGAAGAGGCUUUGAUCUCGUUGCCAUGGCAGCUGUCAGAAGCGCGCAGCAAACCGCAGCCUGCCUGGCGCGAGACUUGUCCAACUCAAGUUAGAAAUGCUUAACUAGUGAAUUCUAAUCGAGACUUACUGCUUGGAUGCAUUACUUCGCUUCGUUUAACCAUUUUAGUAUCGAAAGCGGCGGCUAUUAUGCUUUAACCCCUCUGAUAUUCAAAUACAGCUCUUUCUAAACUAAACUCUGUAGCGCGUGGAAUCACUAAGGAUGUCGCAGAGUUCAUAUGGCCAAAUGUGGAACGCUGCUCAGGGAGCUUUGGAGGACCUUUUGGAGGAUGAAUAUCCCACAAUGCAGCUCCGUCCUCAAAAGGACUGUCUUCAGGUCUUUCAGACACUGGCAACUUUCUACCUGCGCUACCUGAAGAUAUUCCGUGCCCUGGAGGAGGUUUACGAUCGGAUUGUUCACCCCCAGAAGAGACGUGUUGUGCACCAGGUUCUUGAGGGGGUGAUGGGACGACUGGUAGAGCUGAAGAAUGAGAUGGUGGAGCUGGAGUACUCAGAAUUUCACUACUUUGAUGAUAUAUUGCAGGACUUCAAAAUGACACCCGAGGAUCUUGAGGUGCCUAUUCCACGCUACUUUGUGAGGGAGAAGAUGAGGGCACUAAAAGCGAGAGAAAAGAUGCUGGCCCAUAUUUUGGCUAAAGGAGGACGUCAGGAAUGUAAAAUUCAGGUGCCAGUUCAGUCCAUGUCUGUGGAGCGGGCACUGUGGCUGCUGCAGGUCAGUGAGCGAGCUCGGCAGGGAAGACUGAGAGCUCGCUUCAUGAAGACAAUUCGGCAGGAGGAGCAAAGAAGACUUCAGGGUAACUCUACCAUGCUGGACCCUAACCAAGCAGCCACCUGCAUUCAGAAGGUUUGGCGGGGGCAUCGAGACAGGAGGAGGGUCAACAAGGAGUGUCUAGAGGAGAUGAUAUUUUUGGGAUUGAUACCAGCCCAGCAAACGACACCCAGCCCUGCCCAACUGCAUGCCCAGCAGGUGGAAAGCAGGAGGCAUUGUGUGCAGGAGGAGCAUGAGGCUGAGUACCAGAAGGCACUGGUCAGCAUCAAAGAGUCAGUGCGGUCUGUCGAUGGACCUGAUGUUAAAGAGAGCUUGCACAAACAAAUACGCCAGUGGUUUAUUGAGUGUUCUGUAGCUGCUGAAUUUGCUGCUAAAGAAGAAGAGAGGGAGAAGAAGAAAAAACUGAAGAGAGAGAAAGACAAAAAAGCAAAUGACCGCAAAAAGAAGAAAGGGAAGAUGAAAGGAAAAAAGGGGAAAGGAGAUACAGAGGAAGAAGAGAAAGGAUGGAAGAUGACUCCCAGUAACUUCCUUCCUGCAGUAGUCGAGGGAGCCAAACUGUACAAAGAGGUUUGGCAUAACCGAGAUGAAAAACAGAACUUCGCUCAGUGUUUUGAUGCUCAGUUGGUGCGUGAGGAGAAGAGAUUGGGAGUUGAAGAGGAGCUCAGAGUUCAGGUGGAUGAACUGAUGAGGCAGGAACUGAAGAACCUUAAACUGGUGGUGGACAGAGACAGGGGAAAGAAAAAGAAAAAAGUUAAGAAAAGUAGUAAAAAGGUGAAUGGCGUGCAUACUUCCUUUGAGAUAAGACCGUAA